AACGUCAUAUUGGUCGCCUCACCACCCAGUAUCCCCCCCCAGCAACAGUCAGCACCGUUCGCGAUCCCUCCAACUGCAAACCCCAGAGCAACAACGACGCGUUUAUCAUUCUCUAUGGUCCCCUACCGCCUCCGCCUCAAAUUCGCACUAUGGCGGAGCCCUCCUCCUCGCUGCUGUGGACCAUAGUCCUGCUCGUUAGCGCUGCCCCGAUCGCUACAACAUACGCCAACGCAUACAUUGCAGCCCCGCGCGAGGUCAUCACCUUCAUCGACGCCGUUGAGGGCUCCAUAGAAGAAAAUGAAAACUACGAUUGUGAUCUUGCUAAAGUGCCGCGGUUGGAAGACAAGGUGCGCCUGAGCCGACUUUUGCGCGAAAUUCAGAAACAGGGCGAUGACUUACGCGAGGAUCUAAAUCAACUGGUAAUAGAAGAAGGCGGAACCACUUUGCGCGUCAGUGCUAGAAUAUUUUGGGCGGGCCACAGGAAACAAUUGGAAGAGCGAGUGCGCCGGCUAGACAUGUUGCGCAUGCGAUUCCUCGUGGUGUUCAUGGGGGUUGUAACAACAACGGCGAGCGAGCACGCGGCGAAGGUAGCUGCCGCACGAACAGCACCUAGACACCCGGUGAGAGCAAUCCCGCCACCUCCGCCUCCACCGCCGCCGCCGCCGCCAGCAGCAGCACCAGCAACUCCUCGAACACCAGUAGGACGACUUCAGACGCAGGCCAUGGGCCAUAGCGAGAAGACGGCUCAUACGCAUAGAAGUGGCUGGUUCGGCGUCGUCCAGGAGUUGGAACGAUCCCCCAUAUUGCGUCAGCGACACGCUUCCAUCGAGGCAGCCAUGCGAUCUCCCGAACAGAUGACGCCGAUUGGAAGUCCAUUAUCGGCGAUGAAGCCUGUCAAGGGAUCAUCGAUACCUGAAAACUUGGAAUUGUAGUGUCGCACCUCUGAAGCAAUUGCGGCAUUUCCACGACGUUCACCGCUUCAAUGCUGGUGAACCGUGGACCUUCUCUCAACUCGUAGGCAUGAAUCGGCAAGCAAACCAUAUGCCACGAUACAACCAUAUGAUUUAUGGCUUGAUGAUGAAACGAAACGAAUUCACGUGAAUUUUAAAAAGACUCUAAUCUAUCCCCAUGGGCGAUAAUGAGCAUUUCUGCUGGUGGUCUACGGAAGGACAAGAACUACACGCCUGGCUAGACGAUUCAACGGAUCAUGACUUCUCCGUUUGACCACAUACACGCCCUUUACAAUUUCCUAAAGGUGUUAAAAAGGUUUCUUCAUCUCAUUGAAUGAUACCCCCUUAUUUUUUUAUGCAUGGCAUUUGUUAUCAAUUGCCUUUUUAUUUUAUUUUGACAACUGAUCUGCCCUCAACGUCACUCAUUACGGCUUCGUG